AUGUGUAAAAGUUCCAGAUCACAUGUGAUCAUAUAGCUGCUGCUAUAAACAGAGCCUUACAAGGGUUUCUGUUGUUAACAAUGUGGAGACCCAAAGCUCCGUGUCUCACCUGGCUGAUCUCAGAAAUUGGAGGCCUGUGUCUGACAUUAUUCCAGUUAGCAGACUCUGAUCCGAAAUGUGACCCUGAUGAAGCGUGUGUUAAUUACAAUGAGGAGAGCCUCAGUGCCUGGUAUGUCUGGUUACUGAUCUUAUUCUUUCUGGCCACGAUCCUGUCCUGUGGGAUUCUCUUCUGCCUGCAGUGCUGGCUGAAACAACGGAGCAGCUUCUCUUCCCGGCGCACACUUGCCGUGUUUGCACUCAGUGACUCCGAUUCUCUUGGUGUAAGUGAUGCUUCUCCAUGUGCGUUUUCCGGAGUGCACGCCCACUCUCCAAACCCAGAGCUGUGCCCUUCUCCCGCCCUGCGCGUCGGCACCAGAGGGACUGGAUUGCCUCCUUCCUACGAGGAUAUUAUGAAGGCAGGCAAACACUAGGGGUCUGAUUCAUUUCCCGCCCCACCCACCCAUGUUACUCCAGAUCUACACCAGUAUGAGAACAGAAUCAGCCAGAAGGUUGAAGAGCAGACAGAGGAAGUGUUUUAUUUUUAACUUAAAAGGGGAAACAAAAUG